AUGCGGUAUGUCGCACUGGUGACUUUCUUGGCUCAUUUUCCUCUUUAUGACUCUCUCCCAAUGCUCAAAGGAAUAAACACCGCACGCACGACCAUUGAAUCCACCCACGACGGGCAAGCUGCCACCGACAUCGCUACGGCCAGCCGUGCAAAUGCACAGAUCACGUCGAGUGCUGGGCCCCUUGACAUUAUGAAACCACUAAAAGAGAACUCGGGCGUUUCUUUGGCCGAAAAAGAUCUAAGAGUGGACCUCCCGUCGUCAAGUGAUCACUCGUCCAGCUCACGGUCAUCGACCGACUCGGUGGAAACGUUUUCUCCUGCACGCACUUCGUCUUUCGAUGACUCGCCAAGAAGUUCAGGUACAAUUUCGUCGGCAUCCUCAACCGAGGCAUCCGGCAAAAUCCAGGAGAAUUCACUUGUCGAAAAAUCAGGCCAGACGUCUCCGGCUCCGGUGGCAACUUCUGAAAGCGCCAGCCAACUCAAAUCCAUUUACCGUGAACUCGCGAGCAGCGUUGAAAUUGACAAAACGCCGGUUCAGCUUCCAGAAAAAACUUAUUGGGACCGAGUGACGACGUUUUGGGAUCAAGCUAAGGAGUAUUUACCAUUUGGCCCGCGGGGCACUGUAACGCAGUUUAAUCGAGCGGAUGAAAUAGAGCUCAACGCAUGGCUCCUGCGUGUCAAACACAGACUGAACCGUCAAGAAGCUCAAAUUUUGGACGAAUAUUACCAAGCCUUCUCAGCAUCCAGUAAGAAAUCCACCACGAUGAUGAAAUUGGAUCCAGACACGGACAAAUCCCUUUCAGAGUGGAAGAAGGCCAAUCCAGUUCCUCAUUCCAUCUUCCGCCAAUUUUUCGGAAAAAUCUUGACUGAGAGGGAGUACUUGAGGAGGGAUAAUGUUUUUGGCAUACAAAGGGAGCAGUUUCGAAUUGUUGCGAACUGGCAAAAAGCGGAACAAGAAAUCGGCAAGUCUUUCCCCAUUGAGGCAGUUAAAAAAUUUGGAAACGCGCUCGGAGGAAAAGAGUUUUUCCCUGCGUUCGGUGCUGAAAAAGCCAAGGAAACCUUGGAUCAAAUCAGCGUUCUCAAAGCCGAACAUCAUGGACUAUCUAAGGCUUGGAGAGGACAUUUAAAAGAGGACGAGUACAUAGCACGGAUUGAGUUACUGAAAGCUUUGGCAAACAUGAAGAAUCCUGGCAAGAUCCCUUCGGAGACCAUUUCUGCAUGGAGAGCUCAAGGAUUGGAUGUCCCUAGAAUGUUGAAGGUUUUCGACUAUAGCCUAGAAAGGAACGGAAUAGUCGGAGAAGGAAAAACUCUCGAUUUCCGACUCGACAACCGCAAGAAUUUUAAAUCCGCCAAGGAUCAAUUUUUUCCCAACAACGCGCAAGAUAUACCCUGGCUGGAAAGUCUCGAGCAUCAAGAACUGUUGCAGAUCUCUGAAGAUACGCAGCUCAAGUAUCUCGGCCUUCGCGAAGAACUCGAAAAAACACCAACUCCUCCGAAAACUCCUCGGCCAACUGGAGAUCGAAUCCUUCAAAAUCAGGACGUAAAAGAAAACGUUAAAAGUUUUCUAGACCCAUUUCGAAUCCGCGCAUGGCUUCGACCCAGCAAGCUGAUCCGAACCAAAGAGGAACCUGCUGACAAAUUGUCCAAUUCAGCCAGCGAUUCCAGCUCCCCUUGA